GCUCUAUGGACAACCAUCCACCUUAAGGAAUAGUUUUUUUUAUACACCUUAAGGAAUAAGUUGGUGGAGAAAUAUGAGAUUUUCGUUAUAAAAAAAGACAAAGACUAUUUGUUAGUCUGGGACCAUCGUUGCCCUCUGGAUCUCUCGUGCAAUAACUCGUCAUCACCAUUUUAAAAUGGCCAUGAUGCAUGGUCCCCCGCUAACUCUCGGUGGUCUCGUCUCUAAUGAUAGGGAUAAUAAUCACGUCCUUUCAGCUAGCUACUAGUCUCAUACUCAAAUUAAAAUUUUCUUUUAUGUUGUGUGAGUGCAUAUGUACAAUGAUAUUUAAAAAAAAUCAUAGAUUUCUUUCGCCGAUGGACCAGCAUUGAGUUUCCUACACAGAUUUGCGGUUCUGCACUGUCCAAUUGCGCUACAGCGCUCGCUCGCGCAUUCCGUUAUCGAGCCUCCAUGUCACACCGAACGGUGGCCUCGCAGAGAGUGUCCGAGUGACCUGACAAAUUUUGCAGUGGCUGAGGUUAUGAGUUCAAAUCAUCACAUAGACGUCCAAUCCCGACCUCAGCAUCAUACGGGUAGCUCGACUCGACCUACUGCUUACUAUGACUCAUAAUGCCUCUCUCCACGUUCUAGAGCUCACUAACACAAUGAUAAAAAGGUAAACUGACAGUCUGGAACUCCGGAUCGGUGAGGAUUAGGUCAAAUCCUUGCGGAUGAUUAGGAAAAAAAAAAACAAAAGAGAGCAAGGGCGAACUCAGAAUCAGAUACUCUGGUAGCCAAUGGAAGUCCUUGAACCCUUUUUUUUUUUUGCCAUGAGCGAGGAAGACGAAGAAGAGAGAGAUGGAUGAGCUCUCCAUCUGGCUCCUGUGGCUCCUCUGCAUCCUACCUACGAAAAGGGGUAGGUUAAUCUUGGUCUGCUCCAUCUAAAAAAAACUUGCUCAACCCAACCCACACGCCAAAUUGCACUGGAUUGACUCAUGGCAGCUCGUCCUCACCACACCCGCGCUCGCGAGGAUUCACGGCAAGGCAUGGAUGGAGGCAUAGAGCGGUAUAAAUUGCACUGGGUUGACUCAUGGCAGCUCGUCCUCACCACGAGGUCGCAGCUCCCAACCCAACCCACACGCCAAAUCCAAUCCCAGUCAACCACCACCACCACCACCACGCGCACCGUGCUCACGCCGCUGCCGCUCCUAAACAACUGCUGAAUCCCACCAAGGGCCCACGCUUCGCUGUACAGUUGUCGCCGCUGAGUAGUUUAGUCCUUUCGGAGGGGGGCGGCCCGGAUGGCCGUGUCCUCGUGGGGUUCCCGCAGACCCAGUCCCGGGUUUGAGGUGUCUCUUCGCCGCCGCCGCUCCUUCUGGUUGCGGGGAAUGGUUGCGGAGUUGUUGGAUUCUCGGCUGGGGUUUUAGGGUCUCCUGGCCGGCUCUUGGCCUGGGGAAGCGGAGGUUCUUGCUGGCGGCCGGAUUUGGUGCCGGAACUGCUGAAUGACUUGAAUUCAGGGAGGGGGAAGCUUCCAUUUUCUUUCGACUUCAAAAGGGGAUGGCCUUGUCAAAUGAUGGAAAGAUAAAGGGCUGUCAGCCGAAGCUUUUUGGGACAAAAGAUAAGAAAGUCGCAAAGAAGGCAGACCGUGCAAGCUGCUCCACAGUUAAGUGCGAAUCAAGCAGCUCGAAGUCACCAUCUUCGUCUCCCUUCCGAAAACUUUCAGAAGUUAGGAGCAUACGUCUCAGCCAUUUUCUAGCCCACUCUUCGAAUGCUACAAAAUCUGAACAUGUCAGGCUAUUUGUCGCCACGUGGAAUGUUGGAGGAAAAGCACCCACCGCAGAGUUGAAAUUGGAUGACUUUCUUCCUUCUGAUGACCACUCAGAUAUUUAUGUUUUAGGUUUUCAGGAAAUUGUCCCUCUCAAUGCUGGUAAUGUGCUUGUGAUAGAAGACAAUGAACCAGCUACAAGAUGGCUUGCCCUUAUAAACCGUGUUCUAAAUCAACCAGUGGACACUGAUGCUGAUAUCUUUCAGCACAAGCCGUCUUACUCCGUUGAUUCAACUUCAGACCUUGAUGCUUCAUUCUCCAACUGCUCAAGAACAGCUAGCGGUUCUGUAAUCUUCCAAAAGUCCUUGAAAUCCAUCAGGAAAUCUUACAUGCCAUCCCGGAGAAAACAGCUCAAAUUCUGCAAUUGCCCAGUGGAAAUGACCAAGAAAUCCUACAAAGACGCUUGCUUUCGAUGCCCACAAGCAUAUGCUAAUGAAAUGGACUCUUCAGAAGAGGAUGAAGUGGAUGACAAAUUGAAUGAUGUUUAUGGUCUUACUGUUGAUGGAAUUCCUUCGGCUGCUUCUGCCUCCAGGGACCAGCUAAAAUAUAACCUCAUAUCUUGCAAACAAAUGGUUGGUAUUUUUGUCACAGUAUGGGCAAAGAAAGAACUAGUGCAGCAUAUAGGCCAUUUGAGAACAUCUUGUGUCGGUCGUGGAAUAAUGGGCUAUCUUGGAAACAAGGGAUGUAUAUCAGUUAGCAUGACACUGUACCAGACGAGCUUUUGUUUCAUCUGCAGCCAUUUGGCUUCAGGUGAGAAAGAAGGUGAUGAGUUGAGGCGGAAUUUAGAUGUAUUAGAGAUUCUGAGGCUCACACAAUUUCGAAGGAUUUGCAGAAGAGCUGGGCGAAGAAUCCCUGAAAAAAUUCUUGACCAUGAUCGGGCAUUAUGGUUGGGGGAUCUCAACUACCGUAUUUCCUUGAGCUACGAAGAUACCAAGAGACUUCUGACUGGAAAUAAUUGGGAUGCCCUUUUUGAAAAGGAUCAGCUCAAUAUCCAGCGCGUGUCUGGAAGAGUGUUCAAGGGGUGGAGUGAGGAGAAGAUAUAUUUUGCUCCCACAUACAAGUACUCUUGUAACUCAGAUUCUUAUGCUGGAGAGACUGCCUCAUCAAAGAAAAAGAGGAGAACCCCAGCCUGGUGUGAUAGAAUACUGUGGCAUGGAGGUGGUAUUGUGCAGUUAUCCUACUUCCGAGGGGAGUCUAAAUUUUCUGACCAUCGUCCUGUCUGUGGAACCUAUAUCGUUGAGGUUGAAAUACUAGAUGGCAAAUCAAAGAGGGGCUUAUCAAAUACUAACAUUAGAAUUGGUGCUGAAGAGCUGUUACCGACAAGUCAGAAUGAUGUGCUGGGACCUGAAUCAUCUAUUAAAGCUAUGAGUAGGUUUUUGAGUGAUGAACACGAUACUGCAGAGCCUUCACAUGGACGCUCGGCGGUGCGGAUCUGUCACUACUCGAUACACGUGGAACGUGGCGACUACUUCCAACGGGCCACUCGCCGCCGCCGUCCCCGCACCACCGCGCGCCGCCGCCCCCUCUCUUCCUGCAGAACAGGUGAUCUCCCGCGAGCGAGAGAGAGAGAGAGAGAGAGAGGCUUCUCGGUUGCAAUGGCGAAGCCAUGGGCGGGGGCUCGCCCUCCUGCCUUCGUGCGGUUCCUCCUCCUCUACCUCGCUCUCCUCAUCAGCCGUGCCAGCGCUGCAGGGGGAGGCGGCAGGGGCAGCUCGGUGUACCCGGCGGCGGUCGUGUACCCGCCUCACUCCCGUCAGAUCUCCUGGAAACCCAGGGUGUUCCUGUACCAGCACUUCCUCAGCGACGACGAGGCCAACCACCUCAUCUCUCUCGCGAGAGCGGAGCUCAAGAGGUCAGCGGUCGCUGAUAACAUGUCCGGCAAGAGCACGCUGAGCGACGUCCGCACCAGCUCUGGCACCUUCAUCAGGAAGGCCCAGGAUCCAAUUGUUGCUGGUAUAGAGGACAAAAUUGCUGCGUGGACAUUCCUUCCAAAAGAAAAUGGUGAAGAUAUCCAAGUCCUAAGAUAUAAGCGUGGGGAGAAGUAUGAACCACACUAUGAUUACUUCACCGACAAUGUAAACACUCUCCAUGGUGGUCAUCGCACAGCUACUGUUCUUAUGUAUUUAACUGAUGUAGCAGGAGGGGAAACAGUGUUUCCCUUAGUUGAGGAGUUUGACGACGCUAAAGAUGCAACCUUGUCAGAAUGUGCUCAGAAAGGCAUUGCAGUGAAACCACGAAAAGGGGAUGCUCUCCUUUUCUUCAACCUUUGCCCAGAUGGUACCACGGAUUCAUUGAGCCUUCAUGCUGGAUGCCCAGUCAUAAAGGGUGAGAAAUGGUCUGCUACAAAGUGGAUUCGCGUAGCUUCAUUCGACAAGGUUUACCACACGCAAGGGAAUUGCACCGAUGAGAACGAGAGCUGUGUGAAAUGGGCGGCCCUGGGAGAGUGCACAAAGAACCCAGAGUACAUGGUGGGAACUGCAGCAUUGCCGGGUUACUGCAGGAGGAGCUGCAACGUGUGCUAGCGUCAGUGCCAGAAUUUGAAAAAUUGAUGGUAAUGGCUUUUUGGGAUCAGAUGAGCAGGUUAAAGUAAACCGAGAUCUUUGGCAAGGUCUUGAUUCGGUAUUGGUUUUAUUUUCUGAUUCCCGGCCUUCAUUGGUAACCAGGCAGGAAUUAGAAGCCAAAUCUUUGCUAGUACUUAGUGUCCAUAACCUAUGCUAGAUGGAGAUGCACAUUGUCGACGCAACCUAAUUUCCAUUCAAGAACAAGUGUAUCUAUUUUUACUCUUUUUCUCUCACACAAUUUGUUAGAGUGGUUGAGCCCGCUAGCUCAUGAAUGGCUAGUUCAUUCCAGAAUUUACAAACAUCUGGAUUGAUUUCUAUCUGUAGUCCUUGUGACCUCUGGAAAUUCCUUUGAACUCA